AACGUCCGCGGUCCACUUAAAGUUACAAGAUAUUCAACUCAUUAAUUACUAUAUAUUCAUGCAAAAUUAUAUGCAUAUAGAUGUAGAUAGAUGCACAAUAAUGUAUCGAUUAUCCCGUAAUAAUAACCCCUCCUCUUCCAACAUCACAUACAACCCCUCCAAUUCAAAGUACUACGUCCAGUUCGGAGGCAAAAGAAUCGAAACCACCGUGACGGACAGAGCAGCCGUCGCAAACGACUGGGUCACCGCGAUCCGGUCCAAACACGCCGGCGAGCCAACCGUCGUCGUCGGCCUUGACAACGAAUGGCGCCCCCACCCGGUCAGCUACAUGAGCAACAAGUCCGCCACCUUGCAGCUCUGCGUGGACGAAGACUGCCUCAUCCUCCAGCUCUUCCACAUGGACGAGAUCCCGGAGGAGCUGAAGAGGUUUCUGUCGGACCCCACGUUUGUGUUCGUCGGAGUUGAGGUCGCCGACGACGUGAGGAAGCUGAGGGAGGAGUACGGGCUGGAGUGCGCGAAGAGCGAGGAUAUCCGGGAGCUGGCGAAGGAGAAGUGGCCGGGGCGGUUCCGCCGGCCGGGGCUGAAGGAUCUGGCGAUGGAGAUUUGUGGGCUGAACAUGCCCAAGCCGAAGCACGUGUGCAUGAGUAAUUGGGAAGUGAGGGAGCUGAGUUUAGCUCAGGUUGAGUAUGCUUGCAUUGACGCCUAUGCUUCUUACAAGAUUGGUCAACGCCUUCUCUUGGAAAAUUAAUUACUUAUAGGUUAAGGAGUAUUAUUACUCUAUGAAUUUACUCCCUAUAAAAGAAAAGUGACAACUCCGGUACCCAUUUAAAAAAUUGGGUACCGUACCUACCAUGCAUUUGAUUGGUUCAAAUCAUUAUAUCCUUUUAAAUUUAAAUUUAAAUAAUUCAACUGUAUCAUUCUGAUUAGUCCAUGUGGACAAAUGUAUGAUACCUUAAGAGAACCAUAGAAUCUACCUAAAAGAAAUUGACCUCCUUGUGUUUCUAUUUCUGAUUAAUAUACUUAAAUAAAUAAAUUGAGUCUGCAAG